CUUUAUUAUGACGUCAGGCCCUGUGCUUCAAAGGCGGAAGUUAAAAAGGCUGCCAAAUUAACUGCAGUAUCACAAGUACGACUCUGUUUAUCUACCAGCUGCCAACUAACUCAAGCAAAUGAGUACCUUGUCGUCAGGCCAGUAUCCCCCUGUUAGAAGAAACACUGGGGACUCGAACCGGGGACAUGACAAUCGGAACAGAGCGGAAAACACAGGAAGAAUGCCGAGAAAUCUGCGCCAACUGACGCCCGUACAGAGAGAGCAGGUUUAUAAACAGGUUCUUAAUUCGAGCCUCCCGUUCUUAUGUGGACAUCUUGACCCCAGCCGCCAUUACGCGUACCUUAGGAGUAAAGGUUUCUUUGACAGAACAACGGUACAAGUCAUCGAUAGUCAUGUGACCACAGAUGAGAAAGUAACACGCUUCAUCGAUGAGCUUCUGAGAUUAGGUGCCAACGCUGUUUCUGCUUUUCUAGAAUCGUUGGAACAGAACAGAGUUGAGCAAUUCGUCUUCAGUACACUCGCUGAUAAGUUACAAUCAUUCAGAAUUGAAGAUCUUCAUGUCCCGUCAAACAAUCACAACCAUGACAAUAGUAAUGAACACUUCGAUAUCAACGAUGAUGCCACAUGUGACGACGAGCGACGAUUUCACUCGUCCGCCAGCGACAAUACAAGCACCACCGACGGGCACCGAUCUGCUCUUCCUCCCAUCGAUAUCAACCUGCUUCGCCAGGCCGAAGGAUUACAUUUACCAGAAGAUGAGCAUGGUGACGGAGAAGAAGGCUCUGACAUCAGUAGUCUAACGAGCCACGCCCCUUAUCAACAAUGAUCCGACUGUUGCUGAGGUUCUGUGUUGUGAAGAAUUAGCAUAUGGAUGCUGAAAAAUUUGAUCCCAAAUGAGGGUUUCAAAUCAAACACAGAUGACAGAUCUAUACCUGAGCUACAUUUCUGUGUACUAACUUUGCCCUUUAGAUCAGUAGGAAUGUAGUUGUUAUUGGGUUGAAUAUGUAAAGAUCUGUACUGUAUUAGACAACGGGAUUCCUUGACUAUAAUGUUUACGAACCUGGGAUCUUGGAACCCUUAUGAGUGUAUGCUCUUUGCAAAACUGCAUCAUUUGUUGAUCGCGUCAGCGAAUGGCGCAAUCUUUUACGUGCCUCAUGACAGUUUUAUCACACAAACAAAUGAUUGCAAAGUGAGUGAAUACUGUGUUAAAGCCCAUCAAUACUAAUGAACAUGACGGAUUAGACUACUCUGCAAGGUCACUGGACAGGUGGCUAUCUCAUCAAAUCAGCUCUCAAUUAACAUAAGAAAAAAAAGGAUCAUGGGGGACCAAUGGUCACCGAUUAUGCAUUGUUUGUUAUAUAGAGGGAGCAAGUAGCUAUAAGUAGUGCACUGUGGCUUUAAAUUAUUGGCGAGUGCACUAUCUUCAAUUGAUAGGCUGGAUUAGCGUAAGUAAAAUCGCAAUCGAAAUGACAUGUUCUCACCUAUAAGUAGAUUAAAGUAUAUAUUCCUCAAGUUACAGAAGUCUGAACAUUCCAUUUUUGUUUUCAAGGAAAAAACUAUGCUCAUUUCAUAAUCACUUUUAUGUUGUUGUCUCAAAUGUCCCUCGGGGUUGACAAUGAUUUUGACUCUAAGAAAUAAACUCUAAUGCAUACGUUAAAGCAGGUCGUAUUUGAGACAAUGAAUAUGAACAAAUAACUGUAUUAUAUAAUACAUGUUUAUUGUCACCUAUAUAGUUGGAGAUCUACCGACAAAAGGAGGGGUCGUCCUUAUAGCUACACGUACGUUUAUUUUUGCUAUGCAUACAUCAUUUCUUAGCACGCUGACACGUCCAACAUCACCUAUCCAAGGUUGGGACGGUGCAUUUAAAUGACACUUUGAUGUCUGUAUGGUAGGAGAUCUACCGACGUUAUGAGGAAUGCAUUGUGGGAUAUCGCAUUGUAUGACGGUUAACCUUUUAUUAUAACUCAUCCUGUCGAGUCCCAUAAUUCUUUGCUUUCCGUGCGACGUGAAAUGUCUCUGCGUUCUAAAGCAUAUGAUGUGGAUCGAGUCCUAUCAUGGAUUGUAAUUCAAAUGAUAUGUCUGUGUUUAUUGAAGUCCAGGGGGUUGUUUCACAAAGAUCCUAUGUCAAACUUAACUCUAAGUUGGACUUGAACAUUAUGGAGAGCCAUUUGUAGCCUUAAAAUUAAAG